AUGUAUGGUUCAAAUGUCUUGCUCAUUGAGAACAGGAGCAGCUCUGUCGCCACAGUCACUUCUGACAACCCAGUCUUGGCACAGGUCUUGGAGCGAUUAAAACGACUUGAGGACAUUGUUCUGACAAAAUCUGAUUCUGUUACUGGAAACAUAACUUUUGGUGACGAUGACUCUAGGUCCAUCCCAAAUUUGCACGAGGAUGUCGUCCAGAACGAGAUAUUCCAUUCUAUUGGACGGUCUGAUGUUUCGCCACAAGCAAACAUCGAUCGACAGGAAGACGAAGUUCGCGAGACAGAAAUCACUGCAACAAAGCGGUCGGACACGAGAGACGAGGAAGCAAGCUUUACAUUCGUGUCUGCCAAAGUGUCCGAGCUGGCGUUCGAUGUCAAUCUCAGGACUCCAGUUUUGACCAAGAUCUCUGUGGACGGCGGCAGAGUAAUCAGGCGUAUAUGUCUUCCCGAACGGAAAGAAGCUCAUAUCUUGUUUCAGUCUUUCGCAAAGUCCCUCGGAUCAUGGUAUCAUAUUUAUCACAGGCAGACAGUGGAAACUCUCCUCGACAAGACUUACUACCAAAUUGCUUGUGGACAGGUUCCGAGUCUCUCACACAUUGCGUUGUUGCUCAGCAUAUUUGCAAGUGGAGCAUACUUUCAAACAUCUGCAGCAUGGCCAGAAUGCGUUUUCAGUGAUCCUCAAACGGCCAAUCAAAUAUCCUUGUGCUGGAAGCAGAACACGCUUGACAUCUUGGAUUUCAUCCAACGUGCUACAACACCGACCGUAUGUAUCGAGCUUCGUUUCAUAGCCUUCAUCAUACUGAAUCUGGAAGGACUCUCGAAAAAGUACUGGGUGCUACACACUACCUCAAUCACACUUGCCAGAGACCUAUCUCUACACGUCUUGGACCAUCCGGCGAGACCAAAGCCCAAGGAUGUGAUUGAGAACGAAGUCAAGAGGAGAAUAUGGUCAUUUCUCGCGACCACUGACUGGUUACUGGGUAGCAUGCCUAGUCCGCAAGAAGGAACAUACAACAUCAAUGCUCGACACUGUCAUAUUAACAAGCCUAUGAACAUCGACGACGAUGACCUCGCUGCGAACAGAAUCGUCGAUAAGCCACUGUCAGAACCCACCGAGAUGUCUUACUCUUUGAUCAGAACGUAUGCAGGAGACAUGUGUCGAAAUCUUGCUGAUAUGGUUCACCCUAUGGCUUCAGGAGUGAACAACGUCGACUAUAAUGAGAUCAUUGCUCUUGAGCAAAAGACCGCAGGGAUGGCAGUCGAAUUGCCAUUUUACUUCCGACUCGACGAAGAUAGCCGCAGAAGAACGGAACCAUAUCUCAACAAGUACCCGCAGCUUGCAACACAGAGAUAUCUUUUGCAACAGGGAUUCCACUGCCAUAGAAGCAGAAUCCACCGUCCGUUCCUCAUUCGCGGCUCUUUGGAUGCGAGAUUUCAAUUCUCUAGGGAUGCCUGUCUGGAGUCUGUCCGGAAGAGUCUGGAAAUUCGCCGUAUGUUGAACCGAGAGAAGCGUGGUGCGGUAUUGCCGGUUGCAAGACUCAACUUUGUUGUCUAUCAUAUCUUUAUGGGUGCGCUUACGCUGGCACUUGAUUUGUGCUUCAACAAGUCGACGAAUGAAGCGGAGGACCAGAGCCGGCGAGCAGAACUUAAAGAAGCGUGUUUGAUGCUUCACGAAGCCAAGACUGAGAUGCCGGCGGCUGAUCGAUUCCUCAGGCCAUUGAUGGAACUACUGCAAAAGUACAAGAUUCAGUUGCAAGAUUCUGGACCGCAAAACCAAUACCUCACGCCAGCUGGAUCUACACCCAUUGCGGGUCCAGACAUGACCGUCUUGGCUCAGAACACAGCAAACUUUUCUGGGAGAGUGUCAGGACAGGAUUUCACGGUAGUGCCAGAUGCCGAGCUUGAUAGUUUGUGGGAAGAUUUUAUCAACAUGGUCCCGGACACAGAUGCUCCAGGGUGGGAUGACCUUCUCGCUGAUUUCGACCAAGCGAGUUUGUUUGUAGGUGUUUAG